GUCUCACCUAGUGCUGAUAACAGGCAAUUAUAUGUUUUCAAGAAAAGAAAAAUCCCCAUCAGCAAUGAGAACUACAAGAAUAAUUUGAUUUUUGGCCUUUCAUCCUCACCACAACUGCAGCAACUAGCGUGCAUAACUGAGCAGUUAUGUGUCCCAAUACUGAAAAAUCACAAAAAUCAUCACAUGUUGCCAAAUUUGACGUCUCAAGACCUUGUCCAACAUGUGGAGGUCAUUUGCAAUGAUGCAUCAGUUGUGCAAGGACGGAUUUUAGGGAAAACUAUUCUCCCCAUCCCAGCUACCCACUGGCUGGAAAAAUUCUACAUGAAUCAAGACUAUGACWGGGAGCGGGCCAAUGCCAUAGAGACCCAGAUUGUCUACUGGUCCGGUCUGAUCGAGAAAGUUUUGAAGGAGGACUCAUCGGACCUACUCAGGACAGGCUGUAAUCCAGGGCCCAGUGCAGAGCUGGCCUUUUGGGCCUCCAGGAAAUGCAACAUAGAGAGCAUUUACCACCAGCUUCAGAGUCCCAAUGUCGAAAUGAUGGCAAAUAUAUUGGAGAGGGUGGACAGCUGCUAUCAUCCAACAAUCAAGGUCCUGAUUAAAGAAGUGUCUAAAGCACUAGAGGAAGCUCGAGACAUUGACCUUAAUCUGCAGCCGCUAAACACACAACUGUCUCAGCUGGAAAGGGAAGGAUUUCUUUGUAUGGAGAAAAACACCCCUGCACUUUUUCACACAAUAUUCCAAAUCUGGACCAACUGCCAGCAUUAUCAAAGACAAGCUCGCAUUGUGGUGCUCCUUCAGGAACUCUGCAAUCUGUUCAUUGAACAGGCUUUCUCGUACCUCCCUGCAGACCUGCUGCUCAGACGUGAUCAGGAGGAAACUCUUCAAAUGGUAAAGGAGGUGAUAAAAGUCAUGAACUGCUUCAAAGAGAGUUAUCAGACUCAAAAGGAGAAGCUGGCCAAUCAGGACAAACACGCACCCUGGGAUUUCCCUCCUGCCGAGAUCUUUUCACGUUUCAGACAGUUUUUUAAUCRAAUGCUACAGCUCCAGAACUUGUUUGAAGUUAUGUUGCAUUUUCAAAGAAUGGAAAAACUGGCGUUUGGCGGGCUUAAAGGGAGAAAGUACAAUGAGGAAGUUGCCAAAAUAAACUAUGAGUUCGGAGAGCACUGCCAUGCAUUGAAGCUCAGUGGCGCUAAUCCACUUGACUUCACCUCUCAGUGUUUUGAAGAAGAGCUCAACACUUUUAAAAGAAGAAUCGCAGACAUAGAAUGCCGUGUGGCCAGCCUGAUGCGUUUCGCUUUUCAAGACUGCACAGGACUGGAACCGUCUUUGAAAAUGUUAACAAUUUUUGGACCUCUCCUGGAGAGAAAACCUAUCAGACAGAUGUUCGGUCCCAGCUAUGUUCUGCUGCAGCAGCGUUUCAAAGAGGAGCUGGAGGAUUGCAAAUGCCUGUUUGAAGCUCAGCACAACCAGAUGGACAGYGGGCUGACCAAGAACAUGGCACGCACAUCUGGAGCUUUAAAAUGGGCAAAAAUGCUGAGAGAGCGCAUUCAAACACCUUGGGAAAAAAUCAGAUUACUGUAUGACAUGUCUGUAGAAGAAGUGGAGAUGGCGAAUGAGUAUCAGAUGUACACUGAGAUGUUGAGUCUUCUGAGUCAGUAUGAAGAGAGAAUUUAUUCUGAGUGGUGUGAUGGUGUGGAGCAGGCCUGCUUGACCAACCUGAGCCAGCCUCUCAUUUCAAGAUGUCCCAUAUCUGGCCUGAUUUCAGUCAAUUUUAAUCCAAAGCUGACUGAAAUCUUGAAAGAUGUGAAAUACUUYCGCACAGUCAGUCAGAUCAACAUACCUGCUGCUGCAUUAGCUGUGUUUGAGAAGCGUGACAUGUUCACAAAGUACAUCAGCAGUUUGCACGUGUUAGUGGAAUCGUACAACCAAAUAAAGCAGACCACGCUAGAGGUGGAACUUCCCCUCAUCGAAGCCGAGCUGCAGUCCGCAGACCUGCUGCUGGUGGAAGCAGAGACCAGCCUGACGUGGCAGCAUCAGGAGUGCUGGGGCUUUAUCAACACCGCAAGGGACCGUGUCCAAGACCUCGCUCAGCGAGUCAGCAGAGCCAAGGACAACUGUGACGCCAUUCGGUCUGUGAUGAAGAGUUGGAGCCGAAAAGUCAUGUUCUGCGGAAAAGACAACAAGAAACGUUCGCUGAUACAACUGGAUGACAGGAAAGACUGUGUCCAGAAGAUGUACAGCUCCAUGACGAAUGAUGGGGAGUUCAUACAUCAGCUGGUGCAGGAAAAUAUGCUCCUCUUUCAAGCUGAUCCUGCUUCAGGAGAAUGGCUGUCCUACCUGGAAUAUGUGGACGAGAUCGUAGUGGAGGGGCUAUUCGGCUACAUCAGUCGCUCCCUUCAUUUCUUCGUGGACAGUAUGGAAUAUGGGUCUCGCCAGUCUCCUCUGUUUGAGGCUCAGAUGAUGCUGACUAAAUCAGGGUUGACCUUUCAUCCUUUAAUGGACCGAGAUGUAGGAGGUGGCCUCUACAAACUGAUAGAAGGACUGAUUGAAGACAUAUUCAAAACCACAGGGAAAAUCAGCAGAGUGGCUUCUCACCUUAGUGAGAGCUAUGAGGAUGUGAUGAAUGACGUCCUACAUCUGUCAAAGAUGAGGCAAGACAUAAUGAAGCGAGUGGACAGCGUCCUGAAAAUGGUGAACAACUACCAGAGGGAGUUUGAUUGCUGCAGCCACUUAUGGGGAGACAACCAAGAGGAGUCUCUCAAGAAGUUGCUUAGAAGCGGACCUAUACUCACAACUGAGGAGCGGGACAUUGUUCCUGAAAAUCCCCCUGCGAUCAAUGCCUUUAAAGAAGAAAUUGAUUAUUACGAGAACCUGUACGCUGACGUUUCUGAGCUGGAGGACUUUGAAGUUUUUGAUGAAUGGCUUCGGGUAGAUAUCAUGUCCUUCAAAGUCAGCCUUCUUAACACUAUAAAAAAGUGGAGCUGGCUUUUCAAAGAGCACCUUUUGAAGUUUGUGACUAACAGCCUGGAUGAGCUAGAGAAGUUUCUCCAAGCCACUGUUGAGGGGCUGAACAAUCCUGUUGCUACAGGGGACUACAAAGGUCUUGUAAAAGUCAUGAGCCACCUGUUAGCUGUCAGAGACAGAAAAAGCAGCACAGACAAGAUGUUUGAACUUCAUGGAGAGACAAUAUUUCUCUUAGAACGCUAUGGUGUCACAAUGCCUCAUCAGUUUUACUCUCAAAUGGAGAAGCUUCCAGAGAAAUGGGAUGAAGUUAAAAAACUGGCUCUAAAAGUGAGGCAAGAUGUUGCUCCCAUGCAAAGUGCAGAAGUGAUGGUUUUGCGAAAUCAAUGCGUCGAUAUGGAGACAAAACAAGCCAAAUUCAGGGAGCUGUUUAAAGCAACAGCUCCUUUCAGUUACGAUGCAGUGGAUCCCUACGCUUGUCUGGAUAAAUCUGAAAAGGCCAUAGAAAACAUGGAGAGAGAAAUAUCAGAGCUACAAAAGUCCGCAAAACUGUUUGAUGUAACUAUUCCUGACUACAAAGACCUCAAGCUCUGCAGACAAGAAAUUGUUGUCCUUAAAGAAUUGUGGGACAUCGUGGUGCAUGUCCAGAGCACAGUGGGAGCAUGGACAGUGACCAAAUGGAGGCAGAUAAACACAGACCAGAUGGAUGCAGAAUUAAAGAGCUUUGCCAAAGACAUGCAAAAGCUUGACAAAGAUGCUCGCRCGUGGGAUGUGUAUUCUACAUUUGAUCUUUAUGUGAAGAACUUGCAGACGUCACUGCGGGCUGUUGGUCAACUGCAGAACCUGGCGAUACAGGAGCGUCACUGGGUACAGCUAAUUAGAACAACACAGAUGGGCUUCACUGUGACAGACAACACCACCUUGGGGGACCUUUUGGCUUUGAAGCUUCAUUUAUUUGAGGAUGAAGUUCGCAUUAUAGUGGAUAAUGCAGUCAAAGAAAUGGCUCUACAGAAGGUUGUAACAGAAAUAAGUCAAACAUGGACGUCGAUGGAGCUUUCAUAUGAAGAACAUUACCAGACGUCUUUGCCACUGCUUAGAUGCAAUGAAGAGCUUCUUGAAACACUUGAGGAUCAUCAGAUUCAACUYCAGAGUGUCUUUCAGAGCAAGCAUGUAUAUCACUUCCUGCUGCAAGCAGUGGAACUACAAAAGCAGCUGACUGUGGCAGACUCUGUGCUGAUUGUUUGGAUGGAGGUCCAAAGAUCGUGGGCCUACCUUGAAAGCAUCUUCAAAGGCUUUGACGACAUUCACCAACAACUUCCUGCAGACACACAAAGAUUCAAAGCAGUAGAUGCUGAAUUCCAAGAGUUAAUGUUAAAGUGUGCUAAGACUAAAAAUGUCAUUGAGGCCACAAACAAACCACACCUGCUUGGGAAGUUGGAGGACUUGCAAAAAAGACUGGCCUUAUGUGAAAAAGCUCUUGCUGAAUAUCUGGAAACCAAGAGAAUCGCUUUUCCCCGAUUUUACUUUAUAUCAUCCUCAGACUUGUUGGACAUUCUCUCUAAAUGGAGUCGUCCACAGGAGGUAACUGUCCAUCUGUCAAAACUUUUUGACAACUUGUCAGACCUAGAGUUUGCCAAAAGUGAGCAGUUGCAUAAYCGCACACGUGCUGUAGGAAUGUACAGCAAGGAGAAAGAAUAUGUCCCGUUUCAGAAUGAAUGUUUCUGUCAUGGGCCGGUGGAGACGUGGCUUGCUUCCCUUGAGGAGUCCAUGAAGGAAUCUGUCCGAGGUCACUUGUUUGAAGCUGUGUCUGUGUAUGAGGACAGACCCAGAGAGCAGUGGAUCCUUGAAUUCCCAGCUCAAGUGGCUCUCACUGGAUCACAAAUCUGGUGGAGUAAUGAUAUGGAGCUUGUGUUUCAAAAACUGGAGGAAGGAUUUGAGUCAGCACUGAAAGACUACAACAAGAAACAGAUUACUCAACUCAACUCACUGGUUGGCAUGCUGCUGGGAGAGUUGAGCCCAGGCGACAGACAGAAGAUUAUGACUGUCUGCACCGUUGAUGUCCACGCUAGAGAYGUUGUUGCCAGUCUCAUUGCUCAAAAGGUUUCCACCUCWCAGUCAUUCCAGUGGCUCUCCCAGCUGCGGCACAGCUGGAACGAGCAGCUUCACCACUGCUUUGUCAACAUCUGUGAUGCUCAGUUUCRUUACUCGUACGAGUAUGUUGGAAACACGCCGCGCCUGGUCAUCACCCCCCUCACUGAUCGAUGCUACAUCACCUUGACUCAGUCACUCCACCUGACCAUGAGCGGAGCMCCAUCAGGCCCAGCUGGAACUGGGAAAACUGAGACCACAAAAGAUCUCGGCAAGGCCAUGGGUGUCAUGGUGUACAUUUUCAACUGUUCUGAACAGAUGGACUACAAGUCGAUUGGAAAYAUCUACAAGGGUCUGGCUCAGACUGGAGCGUGGGGCUGCUUUGAUGAAUUCAAUCGUAUCCCUGUGGAUGUUCUCUCAGUUGUUGCAGUUCAGGUGAAAACCAUUCAGGAUGCAAUUCGGUCGAAAAAGACAAAGUUCCUCUUUCUCAAUCAAGAGAUUGUCUUAAAACCAUCAGUUGGRAUUUUCAUCACUAUGAACCCCGGCUAUGCAGGUAGAGCAGAGCUACCUGAAAACCUCAAGGCUCUUUUUAGGCCUUGUGCCAUGGUGGUGCCGGACACAGAGCUUAUUUGUGAGAUAAUGCUGGUGGCAGAGGGCUUUUGUGGUGCUAAGAUGUUAGCCAAGAAGUUUACUACUUUAUACAACCUCUGCAAUGAAUUGCUCUCAAAGCAGGAUCACUACGAUUGGGGUUUACGUGCUGUAAAGUCUGUGCUGGUUCUGGCUGGUGCUCUGAGAAGAAGAAACAAAACUAAACCAGAGGAUCAGGUGUUGAUGCGUGCACUGAGGGACUUCAACAUGCCUAAAAUUGCGACUGAGGACAUCACUGUCUUCUUGGGACUGCUUGGAGACCUGUUCCCAGGCCUGGAGGUGGAGAGAGAAAGAGACUGUGAUUUUGAGAAGGCCGUCAAAGAAACCACGCUCAAGCUUGGACUGCAGCCUGAGGAAACCUUUAUCCUCAAGGUUGUACAGCUGGAGGAGCUCAUGGCCGUGCGUCACUCCGUGUUUGUUGUUGGAGGUGCAGGGGCUGGGAAAAGCCAGAUCUUGAGAGUGCUUCAUAAAACACAUGCAGACUUGAAGAGGAGGCCAGUCUGGAAUGAUCUCAAUCCAAAGGCCAUAGACAGAGACGAACUGUUUGGUUUUAUUCAUCCUGCAACUCGGGAGUGGAAAGAUGGUUUGCUUUCUUCGCUGAUGCGAGAGCAGGCAAACAUCUCCCACCCUGGGCCUAAGUGGAUUGUGUUGGAUGGAGACAUUGAUCCGAUGUGGAUUGAAUCGCUCAACACAGUGAUGGAUGAUAACAAGGUUCUGACUCUUGCCAGUAAUGAGCGCAUACCACUUACCCCAUCCAUGAGACUGGUUUUUGAAAUCAGUCACCUAAGGAUGGCUACUCCUGCCACGGUAUCUAGAGCUGGAAUACUUUGCGUUAACCAGCAGGACCUGGGCUGGAACCCGAUUGUUGCCAGUUGGAUUGACCAACGAGAACGUCAGACAGAAAGGGCUCAUCUGAUAAUACUGUUUGAAAAAUAUGUUCCACGUUGUUUGGAAUGCAUGAAAAACACAUUCAAAACAAUUACGCCAAUCCCUGAGAACUCYAUGGUGCAGACACUCUGCACGUUGCUGGACUGCCUUCUAACACCAGAGAACAUUCCAGCUGAGUCCCCACGUGAGAUCUAUGAGACAUAUUUCACCUUUGCUUGCAUCUGGGCUUUCGGUGGAGCACUCUGUCAGGAUCAGUUACACGAUUAUCGAGUUGAGUUUAGUCAGUGGUGGACCAAAGAAAUGAAGACUGUGAAGCUUCCAGCACAAGGGACAGUGUUUGACUACYACCUUGACCAUCAAAGCAGACGCUUUCUGCCCUGGGCUGAUUCUGUGCCACAGUUUGAAAUGGAAACUUCCACACCAUUACAGGCUGUUCUGGUGCACACAGUGGAAACUGUGCGUCUUUGGUACUUCAUGGACUUGUUGCUGGAGAGGAGACAGCCGGUGAUGCUUGUGGGAAAUACUGGAGUGGGAAAGACUGCACUUGUCAAGAACAAGUUGGACUCUCUGCCAGAUAGUUACACAACCUCAAAAGUACCCUUUAACUACUACACUACCUCCCUCAUGUUGCAAGAUAUUCUCGAGCAAUCGCUAGAGAAAAGAGCAGGCAGGAGCUACUUUCCUCCAGGCAACAAGAGGCUGGUCUACUUCAUAGAUGACAUGAACAUACCAGCUGUUGACAGCUAUGGAACAGUACAACCUCAUGCACUUAUACGCCAACAUUUGGAUUAUAGACACUGGUACUGCAGACAAAAACUGGCUUUAAAAGAAAUACAAAACACUCAGUAUGUUGCCUGUAUGAACCCAGCUGCUGGGAGCUUUAUCAUAAACCCCAGGUUACAGCGACAUUUCUCAGUGUUUGCAGUGAACUUCCCUUCAUCUGAGGCUCAGACAUCRAUCUACAGUCAGAUCUUGUGCGACCAUUUGAAGAAGCAGCCUUUCAGUUUGCUGGUUCAGAGAGGCUCUGCCUCCAUUGUCCGAGCUCUCAUCGUUCUCCAUCACAAGAUGGUUCAUAAUUUUCUGCCUACCGCCAUCAAGUUUCACUACACGUUUAAUCUCCGAGACAUAUCUAAUGUCUUGCAGGGCAUUCUCUUACCUAGCUCUGACAGUGUGAGAGAAACCACUGAUAUAGUGAUGCUGUGGUGCCACGAGUCCCGCCGAGUGUACUCAGACAGAUUGGUAGAUGCGAAAGACCUUCAGCUCUUCCAGAAGCUCCAGAUGGAGACUGAGCAUGAAUGUUUUGAGAGACAGGAGUACAAACUGGUGAACACACAGCCCCUCCUUUAUUGCCGUUUUGCACACAAGGGUGAUGAACAGUCUUAUGCCCCGAUCACAAGCUGGUCUGAACUCAGAACCAUCCUCACAGACGCACUAGAAAGCUACAACGAGCUCUAUCCAGCCAUGAAUCUUGUGUUGUUUGAAGAUGCUAUGCAGCACGUUUGUCGUAUUAGUCGUAUCCUGGAGGCUCCAAGGGUUCACGGCUUACUGGUUGGAGUAGGGGGAAGUGGAAAACAGAGCCUGACUCGCCUGGCUGCUUACAUAUCUUCUGUCGAAGUCUUUGAAAUCACCCUGAGAACAGGUUACAACAUCCAGGACUUCAAGAAGGACUUGGCAGGAUUACUACUAAAGGCUGGAGUAAAGAAUCAGCGUGUGGCUUUGCUCCUGAGUGAUGCGCACAUACCUGAUGAGCAUUUUCUGGUUCCUAUUAAUCACUUACUGGCAUCAGGUGAAAUUCCAGAGAUCUUCAGUGAGGAGGAGAUUGAAGACAUUGUAUCCAGUGUGAGAGCUGAGGUACGAGAGCUGGGACUGCUGGACAACAGAGAGAACUGCUGGAGAUUCUUCACAGACAGAGUGCAACUACAGCUCACGGUGGUCCUGUGCUUGUCUCCUGUGGGAAGCACUCUGCGUGUCAGGGCCCGCCGCUUUCCAGCCCUUAUCAACUGCACAACCAUCGACUGGUUUCAUCCUUGGUCAGCUGAAGCUCUGCAGUCAGUCAGUUACAGGUUCAUCCAGGACAUUGAAGACAUUAAGCCUGCAGUCCAGGAAUCCAUCAGUCUUUUCAUGGCCCACGUUCACACCAGUGUCAACCAGGCAAGUGAAAAAUACCUACGGAAUGAGAAGAGGUACAAUUACACCACCCCCAGGAGCUUUCUCCAGCAAAUCACCCUGUACAGAAACCUUCUGGAGAAAAGCCGGGCUCAGCUUCAGCAUAAGAUGAACCGACUUGAGAACGGCCUUCAGAAGCUCCAGAGCACGGCUGCGCAGGUUGAAGAUCUAAAAGCUAAGUUAGCGUCACAAGAAGCUGAGCUGACCGUGAAAAAUGCUAAUAUUGAGGCGAUAAUAGUAAAGAUUGGACUGCAGAGUGAGAAGGUUAGCAAGAAGAGAGAAGCUGCAGACGUGGAAGCGCAAAAGGUUGCUGCUAUGCAGGCAGAAAUCGCUUUAAAACAGAGAGACUGUGAAAGUGACUUGGCCAAGGCAGAGCCGUCCCUGGCAGCUGCAGUCGAAGCACUGAACACCCUAAACAAGGUGAAUCUCACUGAACUGAAAGCUUUUCCGAACCCACCAACUGCGGUAAUCAACGUCGCGGCGGCGGUGAUGGUCUUGCUAGCCCCCCACGGUCGCGUGCCUAAGGAUCGGAGCUGGAAGGCGGCGCGGGCCUUCAUGGGCAAGGUGGAUGAAUUCCUGCAGACCCUGGUGUCAUAUGACAAAGAACACAUCCCUGAGUCCUGUCUGACUGUGGUGAAACAGCAGUAUCUAAGAGACCCAGACUUUCAUCCAGAAUUAGUCUGGACCAAAUCCACAGCUGCAGCCGGUCUUUGUGCCUGGACUAUUAAUAUUGUCAGAUAUUAUGAGAUUUAUUGUGAGGUGAUCCCAAAAAGGCGUGCRCUAUCACAAGCUAAUGCAGAGCUAGAAACCGCAACAGCCAAACUGUUGGCAGUUCAAAAGAAACUGGCCGAUCUCGAUGCCAACCUCCAGAGCCUAACAGCUAAGUUUGAGAGGGCUACAGCUGAAAAAAUCUGCUGUCAGGAGGAGGUGACGCGAACCACCCACACCAUAGAGCUGGCCAACCGACUAGUUAAAGGCUUAAUGUCUGAGCGGGAGCGCUGGUCCCAGGCAGUUGUCCAGUAUGAAAAACAAAGGGAAACCCUGUGUGGUGACAUCCUUCUCACGUCAGCCUUCGUCUCCUACAUGGGCUACUUUACCAGCCAGUAUCGUGAGGACCUUUUCAAAAAUGCUUGGAUUCCUUUUCUUCAAUCUCAGAAGGUCUCGGUGCCCCUGACAGACGGCUUGGACCCAAUCGUCAUGCUUACAGACGAUGCCACUGUAGCUGCCUGGCAUAACCAGGGCUUGCCAAACGAUAGGAUGUCGGCUGAAAAUGCAGCCAUCCUGACCACCAGUGAGCGUUGGCCGCUCAUCAUCGACCCGCAGCAGCAGGGAGUCAAGUGGGUCAGAAAGUGGUUCGGGCCAGAGCUGAGGGUGGUGCGAAUGGAACAGAAAGGUUAUCUGGAUGUGAUUGAACAAGCGCUUGUCUGUGGUGAACCAGUGCUGAUAGAGAAUCUGCCAGAAAAAAUAGACCCAGUCCUGGAGCCUCUGCUAGGAAGAAGAACUAUUAAAAAAGGAAGGUAUAUUCUUAUUGGGGGCAAAGAGUGUGAAUAUAAAAGUAGCUUUCAGCUCAUUCUUCACACCAAGCUGGCCAAUCCACAUUUCCCUCCAGAGGUCCAGGCCCAGACCACCCUCAUAAACUUCACUGUGACUCCUGUGGGCCUGGAGGAACAGCUGCUGGGACAAGUGGUGUCCAAAGAGAGACCUGACCUGGAGGCUCUGAAGAUGCAGCUGACGACACAGCAGAACCACUUCAAGAUUGAACUGAAGAGAUUUGAAGAUGAUCUGCUGAGUCAUCUCUCUGCCGCCGGCGGGAAUUUUCUCAGUGACAAUUCUCUGGUGGAGCAACUUGAAAACACCAAGAACAUGGCCGCUCACAUACAGCACAAGGUGGUGGAGGCCAGAGAGAACGAGACAAAGAUCAACGAGGCUCGCGAACUAUACCGCCCAGCAGCUGAGAGAGCGUCGCUCCUCUUCUUUAUCAUCAAUGACCUCAGCAAGAUUAACCCCAUGUACCAGUUUUCACUCAAGGCCUUUAAUUCAGUGUUUAACAAAGCGAUGGAGCAUGCAGAAUGGGAUGAGGAUGUGAGGACCAGAGUGCAAACCCUCACUGAGGCCAUCACCUAUUCUGUAUUCCUGUACACCAGCCAGGGCCUGUUUGAGAGAGACAAGUUAACCUUCUUGUCACACACGGCCUUCCAGAUUCUGCUCAGUCGUGRCCUGAUUGAUCCCCAGGAAUUUCACUACCUUCUACACUUCCCAGUGGAAGCUGUAAAAGUUAGUGCUGUGUCUUUCCUCUCUCCACACACCUGGGGGGCUAUUAAGACAAUUUCGAGYGCAGAAGAGUUCAGUGGACUCGACAAAGAUGUGGAGAGCUCGCCGAAGCGCUGGAGGAAGAUUGUGGAGUCCAGCUGUCCUGAAAAUGAAAGGCUUCCUCAGGACUGGAAGAAUAAGAGUUCUCUGCAGAAGCUGAUCAUUCUGCGAGCACUUCGGCCUGACAGAAUGACUUAUGCAUUAAAAAAGUUUGUGGAGGAAAACUUGGGAACUAAAUAUGUGGAGCCUGUCAGGUUGGAUUUUGACAAGUUGUAUGAGGACAGUGGUCCGUCAACCCCCAUGUUCUUCAUCCUCUCACCUGGCGUUCAUCCUCUUCAAGAUGUAGAGAAACUCGGUUUAAAGCUGGGAUUUUCCAUUGACCAGGGGACUUUGCACAAUGUGUCCCUGGGACAGGGGCAGGAGGAAGUAGCUGAGAGGGUUCUCAGGGCUGCCUCUAAGCAGGGACACUGGGUCAUUUUGCAGAAUGUGCACCUUGUGGCUCGCUGGCUGCCCGCACUCGAUGCUUUUCUGGAAACGGCGGCAGCGGAGAGUCAUCCCAGCUACAGGGUUUUCAUUACUGGAGAGCCAAUUCUGAGCCCUGAGCAGCACGUAAUUCCUCGAGGUCUGCUUGAAAAUGCCAUCAAAAUCACAAAUGAGCCACCCUCUGGCAUGAAUUCCAGUUUGCACGCUGCCCUCGACAACUUCAAUCAGGGCACUCUGGAUAUGUGCUCCAGGGAACAAGAGUUCAACUCCAUGCUGUUUUCUCUCUGUUUCUUUCACGCCUGUGUAACAGAGCGCCGCAAAUUUGGUCCGCAAGGGUGGAACCACUACUACCCCUUCAACACAGGAGACCUCACCAUCUCUGCUAACGUGCUGUACAACCACCUGGAGGCCAACAUCAAAUCCAUGCAGGUACCCUGGGAGGACCUGUGCUAUCUUUUUGGAGAAAUCAUGUAUGGGGGACACAUUACUGACAACUGGGAUAGAAGGCUGUCCAACACCUAUCUGCAAGAAUUUAUGCAUCCAAAAAUGGGAGAACUCACCAUUUCCCCCAGUAUGGAGACUCUACAGUCUGCACUAUUCAGUGAUUUUGUCCCAGAUUCCUGGGCUCAACUGGCUUAUCCCUCUGCUAAAUCACUGACGCACUGGUUGAGUGAUCUAAUAUCCAGUUGUCACCAGUUGGACACUUGGACUCAAGACUUCGAUCUACCUGCAGUUGUUUGGCUUUCAGGGCUUUUCAACCCACAGUCUUUCCUCACUGCUGUGCUGCAAAGUAUCGCUCGCAAAUAUCAGUGGCCCCUGGACAGGAUGGCUCUGACUGUGGACGUAACGAAGAAGAUGAAAGAUGAAUUUGGACAUCCUCCAAGAGAGGGCGCCUACAUCCACGGACUCUUCAUGGAAGGAGCACGCUGGGACACUCAGUCUGGUGUCAUCGCCGAAGCGGUCUUGAGAGAUCUGACCCCUUCCAUGCCAGUGCUGUAUGUUCGAGCUGUACGUGCAGAGGAACAGGAGCUGAAAAACACUUACGAGUGCCCGGUGUACCGCACUAAGCAGCGAGGGUCCACGUAUGUGUGGGCUUUUCACCUCCGAACCAAGCAGCCGCCAGCUAAGUGGGUUUUGGCUGGAGUUGCUUUGCUUUUGUCUGUGUGAGACAGUGAGGAAUUUUCCAAACAAUCUGCUGAAAAACUGCACCUCUAUCUAGCGUUAGAUCUUYCAUAUCAAUAAUUUAGCUUUUAGACAACUUAGUUAUAAAAAUGUUUCAUUGUCAUUAGUGUGUGUUAAUGUAUUUAUAGGAGACAUGAAUGCUUUGUUCGAGCUGAGUUUAACCAGUGUUGAACCUGUUGUGUCUGUGUCCAGCACUAUCACACGUCUCCCUCGAGUCUGGCCGUGAUUUGUUGGGCGCUUACGUCUCCAUUUUAGACCAUGUAAUUUUGGAUAGGGAGCAUAUUUUAUUGGAAGGUCAAGAUUAAAAAAAGCUCUCCGGCUGCCCUCUGCAAACUGAAUGAUACACAAUGCUGUCUGGAGGCUUCCCGGACCGAAUUCCCAGGAGAUGAUGUGCAUGCUGGCUAUUGACUUUUAAAUGAGGUGCGUUUGACAUUGACCUUUUGUACGCCGGAGGCAGAAUACUAACAGACUAGUGUAAUUCAUUCAGCCGAGCCUGUUGGAAAAACCUAUUCAAAGACACCGAUAGCUUUGUAUGAGAAAGCAACACAUUAGAUUACCCAUCCUUUAUCUGUCUCCUCUCUCUGUUAGCAUCUGAUUAACUUCAUCUGCACCAAAUAAAAACCUUUAAGUUUGAACCAUU